GUCGAGAAACAGCUAAGUGGGGGAGUGGUAGCUCAGCUAAAUCUGGUGUCGUGUCAACUCCUUCCUCCAAAGGAGCAUCACACCAAAAGCUCAUCACGCAUUUUGAAGGAGGUAUCGAGACAAAUCUCAACAGGGAAAAGACGAGGAGUAACGUAGCCCAAACUAAGAGAGAGCCCGCUGAAACAAGACCACAAGAGCAACAAGAGAAACUGGACGAUGUCGGGAACCACCUUGAAGAUUUCAAGAGCCCUAAUGAAGGGCUUGAAGCAAAGCAUUCAGAUUUGAAAGGAAGCACAGAGAAGCAAAGAACAUCACACCAAAAGCUCAUCGCACAUUCUGAAGGAGGCAUCGAGACAAACCUGGACAGUGCGACAAAAAGAAUCAACGAGGACUUCUUGGAGAAGAAAGGAGAUUAUUCUACUUUCAUUCACCCCUCCAUGGCUCCUUCUAUCCUUCUCGUCUCAUCUCUCUUGUGUCACAGCCAACAUGGAGCAAGGGGCUUCUCGUCAUCAUCAUCAGGUGGUGAUGAUGACUACCAGAUCUACGAGCCCUUAAGCGAUGCUGAAAUCACGCCCAAGUCAAUUCUGUUCAAAGGAUGUGACUAUAGGCACUGGCUCAUCCUCAUGGAGUUCCCGAAACCACUGCCUCCCCAUGAUAUGAUCUAUCAGUACGAGUCAACCUGCGGGAAAGGUCUCGGUAUCAGCCUUCGUAACGCUAGAAAGAGGAUAUAUGCCUGUAGCACAAGCACCUACACAGGUUUUCAAGCAGAAAUGAAGGAAGAAGAAUCAGAGAAGUUCAAAAGUUUACCUGGAGUGGUCUUUGUGUUGCCAGAUUCCUAUCUUGAUGAGGAUAAAAAGGAGUAUGGAGGAGACCGAUACGAGGAGGGUGAUAUUACACCCAGGCGAAGGAUGAAGUUCAAGGCUGGCACUGAUGUUUGGAAUCCCCAAUGGGAUGCACAUCUUUUUGAGCAACAAGAGAAACUGGACGAUGUCGGGAACCACCUUGAAGAUUUCAAGAGCCCUAAUGAAGGGCUUGAAGCAAAGCAUUCAGAUUUGAAAGGAAGCACAGAGAAGCAAAGAACAUCACACCAAAAGCUCAUCGCACAUUCUGAAGGAGGCAUCGAGACAAACCUGGACAGUGCGACAAAAAGAAUCAACGAGGACUUCUUGGAGAAGAAAGGAGAUUAUUCUACUUUCAUUCACCCCUCCAUGGCUCCUUCUAUCCUUCUCGUCUCAUCUCUCUUGUGUCACAGCCAACAUGGAGCAAGGGGCUUCUCGUCAUCAUCAUCAGGUGGUGAUGAUGACUACCAGAUCUACGAGCCCUUAAGCGAUGCUGAAAUCACGCCCAAGUCAAUUCUGUUCAAAGGAUGUGACUAUAGGCACUGGCUCAUCCUCAUGGAGUUCCCGAAACCACUGCCUCCCCAUGAUAUGAUCUAUCAGUACGAGUCAACCUGCGGGAAAGGUCUCGGUAUCAGCCUUCGUAACGCUAGAAAGAGGAUAUAUGCCUGUAGCACAAGCACCUACACAGGUUUUCAAGCAGAAAUGAAGGAAGAAGAAUCAGAGAAGUUCAAAAGUUUACCUGGAGUGGUCUUUGUGUUGCCAGAUUCCUAUCUUGAUGAGGAUAAAAAGGAGUAUGGAGGAGACCGAUACGAGGAGGGUGAUAUUACACCCAGGCGAAGGAUGAAGUUCAAGGCUGGCACUGAUGUUUGGAAUCCCCAAUGGGAUGCACAUCUUUUUGGUGGAGGUGCCAAAAAGAUGUUGACAAGGCAAGAAAUCAUCGACAGAACCAGUCCAGGAGAUGAUCCCCGCCCACUCCUCGCGAUGCAGGACAUUCUCGAGGAUCUUCUGGAGCUCCGUAAGAAGUCCGAAGUCACCUCAGGUGAUUUCGCAAGACAGCUGCAUGGGAGGGCAGCCACGAUCGACCUCUUCAGCAUCGAGGGUCCUAUCUGCCAAGAAGUUGUGGAGAAGCUUGAGAAGUUGUAUGGCUUCUGGGGAAGUGGUGAUGCAGAGGACAAGAGAUCGACACCAAGGGAGGAUUACAGGGAGCGGUUCAAGGGAGAUAGACGCUUUCGAGGAAUUUAG